UCUCUCGCUUUCACUCUGUGGAGGGCAACAAUGCUGUAAACAUUUUCAUGGAUUCACUCACUCUCAUACAAACACAAACUGACACAUACGCACUCUCUCUCUUCCUUGUGCUCGUGCUCUGAGUCAGUCCUUGCUCGCGAUCCGAGUCACCCCGAAAUGGACCAUUCCGUCCGCCGGAAACAAGGGUCCCGUCGGGAGGGCCUGGUGCGCCGCCGAUCAUGGUGUUGCUCAUUCGCAGUCCCGCCUUCAAGUCCAGAAAGCCUCUCUCUCUCUCGCGCGAAGUCUCUUCCCACCAAGUCCGAGACCCUGUCAAAACCCAGCACCAACUCGGUCCCCAACUCGCCCCAGAGCUCCAAAUCCGGGCUUGGCUUCGUGGGUCGGACCCGGAUCGACCCGCGUCGAAUCCUGUCCCCUGGACGGGUCUCCCCCAUCGACUCCGAUCCCACCGUCCAUUCUGUCCAAGAAGAUACCGCUGUAGCUGUUGAGUCCUCCACACCCCGUUCCAAAUCCCAGAGCUUCCGAGCACCGCCGGCGGGCUCGCCCUCGAGCUCCGGGUGUGCCGAGAACGAGGGUGUCUUCGACGUGAGGUUGAACUUGAGAGGGAAGAGAGGUGGGUGCUUGGUCUUGGAGCUGAACUCGGAGGUUCUGAGCGCGAGUUCAGAUGUGUUCGGGGCUUUGAUCGAGGAGUAUAAGAGGAAUUUGAGCGGGUCGUCUUCCGGGGCGAAAAUGUGCAGGAUUGAGGUCCCGGAGGUGGAGAAUCUUGGGGUGUUUAGGGAGACCAUCGAGCUGAUGUUUGAGGACGAUAUUCCAAGGCGGCUCUUGAAGAUCGGUGCGUAUCGGUGCAUCGAUAUACUGGAGGUAUCAGCAGGUAUCAUGUUCAGCAAUGGAGUUUUUUUCUGUUUAAAGUACCUUGAAGCUGUUCCUUGGACUGAGGAAGAAGAGGAUAAAUUGAGGAUCCUGUUUACAAAAAUUAAGUUUGAUGAUGCUACAACUAGAGAUAUUAUGGCUAGACUGUACUGUCGUGACUUGGUAGAUUCCCAACAACAUUUAGCCAGACAGCUUGUUUGGUCUAUCACCAGUUGUACUCAUGCCAACGCUAGGAAUGAGCUAAAGUCAUUAGUCAAGGGUCUCCUGUGCAAAAGUUCAGUCUAUGAGAAGGACCAGGCUGAUCUCAAUGAGGAAGAUCUUUACAUUGCUUGCCAGUCAUGUCUGAGUUCACUUGUCAGCUUGUUUGAGGAGGCCUCUGGCACUAUUCCCUAUGAGAGAUUGGCUAAGAAGGAAAAGGAUAGGCCCUUGAUUGAACGCAUCUCAAGACAAGUCGAUAACAUAAACUGGUUGCUAGAAAUCCUGCUUGACCGGCAAAUGGCUGAGGAGUUUGUGGAUAUUUGGGCAAAUCAGGGAGAACUGCUUAAGAUGCAUGAGAAUGCAUCUCCAAUGGUGAGGUACGAGCUCAGCAGGGUUUCAGCUCUUCUAUUCAUUGCAAUGGGAACCAGAAAAAUGCAUUGCCGAUCCGAAUCAAGAUCAGGGCUUCUCCUGGCAUGGUUUGGUCCAAUGCUGUUGGACUUUGGUUGGCUGCAGAGAUGCAGAAAAGGCCUUGACAUGAAGGCAUUGGAGGAAGCUAUGGGUCAGACACUCCUUACGCUUCCUUUGAAGCAUCAGUAUAAGCUGUUUAUGGAAUGGUUUCGGUGUUUCUCCAAGCAUGGCACUGAAUGCCCUAAUCUAAGCAAAUCCUUCCAGAUUUGGUGGCGUCGCUCAUUCCUAAGAGCUUCUGAAACUUAUGGAAUUGAAUCCAGGUAACUGGCAACCCUCUUUUUCAUUUUCCACUGCCGUGUGAUAUAUUGCACUAGUGUAGCUGAAGGGAUUCUGACAUGUUCUGGGAGUUAAUAAGGUAGAUCAACUGUGUACAAGUGUUGUAACAGUUGUUAGUGCAUAAAUUCGCAUCAUAAUUUCUAUGAAAAACCAAAA